ACCACUUUUCGAAAUGAUGGGGUCCAACAUUAUCCCUAAAGACGCGGUGAACUUCUUCAAGCAAAUCAUAGAGGAUUCCUUUCAAGGAGGAGUCCAGAUACGACAGCGGCGCGAGGGUGCCGCAGGGUAUGUUACCAUGAAUGAAAUGUACCAGAAGAACACAGAGUUUCCAGGAGAUGUUCCGACUGAAGAAGAUCUGGCCAAUGAGGCUGCCGGUAAACCGAAGAAACUUACCUACAACGAGUUCCUCUGCGCGAAUGUUCUCUUACUGUCUGGCGGUAACGAGGCAACGUCGACAUUCCUGCUGUGCGCCACCUAUCAGCUCGCACUGAGUCCCGAAGUACAGGACAAGAUGAUUGAAGAGAUCGACAGGCUUGCACCGACACCCGCCGACAUAACCUACGAGACCAUGAGCAAAAUGACGUACCUAGAAAUGGUGAUACAGGAGUGCUUCCGCAUGUACCCACCAACCUUACUAGCUGACCGUGUCUGCGCAGAGACUGUAACCUAUGGCAAGUACACCCUGAAGAAAGGCCUUCUGGUCAACAUCCCGUUUUAUCCCAUUCAACAUGAUGAAGAAAUCUGGGCAGAUCCAGAGAAGUUUGAUCCGGAAAGGAAUAUUUUCAUCUAA